CCAGACCGGCAGAUUGCAGGUGAGUCUUUGAGGGUACCCUGGGGCUGAAGGUUAAGGUCUCUGCCAUCUCUUAUUCUCGCACUCCCAGAAAGAUGAACAAACCCCCUCCAACCAACCUUACAAAAAUCCAGGCUCCAGAACUCCGCCCUUCGCGAUUCUUCCCCGCCCCUCGGCGUCCAGACAGACAGACAGACGGCCUGCCCCGCCCCCUGCGCCACCGACUGACUCAGUCAGUGACCUCGGGGUCGUUAGGCCUCCACGUCCUCGCUGGAGCUGCGGACCUCAGUCGUCCAUCCACACCUCCCCCCUGCCGCCCCCGCCCAUUUCAUUCUCCCAACCCUGGGCCCCAGGGCAGGUCGACAGCCCGAGGCACUCCUCUACUGCGUUUCCAGGCCCAGGAGACCCACUCCAGCGCCGCGGUUCCUUGCGACCCGGCAGCCGUUCAGCAGACCUCCCAUUCUUUCCUGCAUCAUCGGGCAUUAUGGAGGCACCCUACGGUGAUUCCUCUCAGAGCCUGUUUGUAGGUGACCGUGACAGAGACAAAGCCAUGGAAGUGACUGGGUUUGGAGUGACCAGGUGUUCCUCCCUCCCCUUUCCCAGACACGCCUCUUGCUGUAAGAAGACUUCAAAGAUGAGAAACAAGACCCUUCUGAGAAAGCGGGAACACAGUCUGAGUCCUGGGGGGUGAGAAGUAUGGGUUGAAGGUUAGUGGGAAAAUAUGCAGGGCUGACCAGGUUUGGAGAUGCUGGGCUUAGUUCUGCAGAUGACGCAGCCUGAAGACGUUGAGCUUUCUGGGACCCCGUAAUGUGGAUCCUGCAAGGAAGGCUCCUGUUUUCUUCUUUUCCCUUUCUUCCCUGAUUUAACUUUGCAGAGAUUCCUUCCCUUUUUUCUAGACCCCUGCAUUAUUUUCUGCAUAUCUCCCACUUUAACCCUGUGCUGUUUGCAGCUCUCCCACAGACCUUCUGUGAUCCCCAUAGUGCUGUCUCUCAUCCCUUGAUUCCUUUUCCUAACUCAGGCUCUAACUGCUUUUUUGUUCUUUUCCUAAGUCAUAAAUCCUUCUGCUAGUUCUAGCACCUUUGUUCCUACUAUAGUCUUCCUUUAUUUAAGUCAAUUCAUCUCCCUCUCACUUUGCCCACAACCUUAGCUUUGAGUUUAGUGAUCUAGGCUCCCUGCCUGCUGGUCACUCUCUCUCUCCAACUAAGCCACAGGGUCACUCUUACUUUUGUCCCUUCACUUGAAUUCCCACCAUCCUCUGAGAAAGUUGCUCAGCUUCUCUGUCUCAUCUUUACACCAGCCGAACUCUGUUGUUUCUCCCUAGACCGGGCAAGGUCCCCCAGGCCAGGAUGUCAGGCCUGGUGUUGGGGCAGCGGGAUGAGCCUGCAGGCCACCGGCUCAGCCAAGAGGAGAUCCUGGGGAGCACACGGCUGGUCAGCCAAGGGCUAGAGGCCCUACACAGUGAACACCAGGCCGUGCUGCAAAGCCUGUCCCAGACCAUUGAGUGUCUGCAGCAGGGAGGCCAUGAGGAAGGGCUGGUGCAUGAGAAGGCCCGGCAGCUUCGCCGUUCUAUGGAAAACAUUGAGCUCGGGCUGAGUGAGGCCCAGGUGAUGCUGGCUCUAGCCAGCCACCUGAGCACAGUGGAGUCAGAGAAACAGAAGCUGCGGGCUCAGGUGCGGCGGCUAUGCCAGGAGAACCAGUGGCUGCGGGAUGAGCUGGCCGGCACACAGCAGCGGCUACAGCGCAGUGAACAGGCUGUGGCUCAGCUGGAGGAGGAAAAGAAGCACCUGGAGUUCCUGGGGCAGCUGCGGCAGUAUGAUGAGGAUGGACACACUGCGGAGGAGAAAGAAGGCGAUGCCACCAAGGAUUCCCUGGAUGACCUCUUUCCUAAUGAGGAGGAAGAGGACCCCAGCAAUGGCUUGUCCCGUGGUCAAGGUGCUACAGCAGCUCAGCAGGGUGGAUAUGAGAUCCCAGCAAGGUUGCGGACGUUGCACAACCUGGUGAUCCAGUACGCAGCCCAAGGUCGCUAUGAGGUGGCCGUGCCACUCUGUAAGCAGGCACUAGAGGACCUGGAGCGCACAUCAGGCCGUGGCCACCCUGAUGUCGCCACCAUGCUCAACAUCCUUGCUUUGGUGUAUCGGGACCAGAAUAAGUAUAAGGAAGCUGCCCACCUGCUGAAUGAUGCCCUCAGCAUCCGGGAGAGCACCUUGGGACCCGACCAUCCUGCUGUGGCUGCCACACUCAACAAUUUGGCUGUGCUCUAUGGCAAAAGGGGCAAAUACAAGGAGGCAGAGCCUCUGUGCCAGCGGGCACUGGAGAUUCGAGAAAAGGUCCUGGGCACUAAUCAUCCAGAUGUGGCAAAGCAGCUGAACAACCUGGCCCUUUUGUGCCAAAACCAGGGCAAGUAUGAGGCCGUGGAACGCUACUACCAGCGAGCACUGGCCAUCUACGAGGGGCAGCUGGGGCCGGACAACCCUAAUGUAGCCCGGACCAAGAACAACCUGGCUUCCUGUUACCUGAAACAGGGCAAAUAUGCUGAGGCUGAGACACUAUACAAAGAGAUCCUGACCCGUGCCCAUGUGCAGGAGUUUGGGUCUGUGGAUGAUGACCACAAGCCCAUCUGGAUGCAUGCAGAGGAGCGGGAGGAAAUGAGCAAAAGCCGGCACCAUGAGGGUGGGACACCCUAUGCUGAGUAUGGAGGCUGGUAUAAGGCCUGCAAAGUGAGCAGCCCCACAGUGAACACUACUCUGAGAAACUUGGGAGCUCUGUAUAGGCGCCAGGGAAAGCUGGAGGCCGCUGAGACCCUGGAGGAAUGUGCCUUGCGGUCCCGGAGACAGGGCACUGACCCUAUCAGCCAGACCAAGGUGGCAGAGCUGCUUGGGGAGAGUGACGGUAGAAGGACCUCCCAGGAGGGCCCUGGAGACAGUGUGAAAUUUGAGGGAGGUGAAGAUGCUUCUGUGGCUGUGGAGUGGUCCGGGGAUGGCAGUGGGACCCUGCAGAGGAGUGGCUCUCUUGGCAAGAUCCGGGAUGUGCUCCGCAGAAGCAGUGAACUCCUGGUGAGGAAGCUCCAGGGAACUGAGCCUCGGCCCUCCAGCAGCAACAUGAAGCGAGCAGCCUCCUUGAACUAUCUGAACCAACCUAGUGCAGCACCCCUCCAGGUCUCCCGGGGCCUCAGUGCCAGCACCAUGGACCUCUCUUCAAGCAGCUGACAUUCAACCCAGCCCCCAGGUCUGCUGGGUCCCCCCACCCCCACAGCCCUCACAGCAUUCCCCAUUGCUCCUGGCUCUUCCCCACCCCUAGGUGGGACAGUGAAGGGGAGCAGUUUAACCAGAAGAUUGCUGCUGCCCUUAGGGUCUCAGCUCCCUCCUCAGGAAUCCCUCUUAGGAAGGACCCUCAGGAUACCCUCUCUGCACCCUGUGGUCCUCUAGAGUAGCUAGCUCUGAGGCCCCAAGGUGGGUACAAAGCAGGUAUGGCCCUCAGAGAUGCAGCCUGCUGCUGGCUUUUCAGUCAGAGGGUUGGGGGCUGGCCAGCCAAGCUGCCUUGCCCUGGCUGCUCUUACUCCCUCCCUCUGCUGUCUCACUUCAGGUCCAUGUAUUUCACUUUUCUUAAAUAAAAGAAUCAGGUAACCUUUC